AUGGAAUUCCUAGAUCUUGGUUAUAAAGAUUCUAUAACAAAUUCACAACCUCCUACAGGAAAUACGGAAUACUCAUCAUCCAUAUUAUCAACAGUACCAGAAAGAAAUGCAGUAAUAAUACCGGGUGCUAACCAAAUUACAAUAACAUAUAAAAUGAACGAUAUUAAACCGUCAAUAGGUUAUAUUACAAUUAGUCAAAAGAAUACAAUUGAAGGAGAGGAAAUACGACAUACAUUUUUAAGAUUGAUGAUGACUUUUGUUGAAGUUAAUGGUCAAAAUUUAACGGGUAGUUCUUGGGAAGUUUCGACAGCGCCCGGUAGUGGAAGUAAUGAACCAGGUGAUACGAGAGCAACUAUUCUAUUAACUCCAGCUGGAACAAAAAAUUAUUUAGAAAAUAGAAAUAUAUAUGUCUACGAAAUGUCUAAAGAAAUUUCAAAAGCUCUUGCAAUUGAAGAAGGUCGUAUUUUUAUACCAUAUGAUAGGUAUCAAUAUAAGAGAAACACUCGUGAAGAUCAAAUUUUGUUACUCAUAGAUAUUAAAGAUACCAAAACACCAGAUCAACCAAGAACGCGUACAGCGGAUUUAGAUCCAAAUUAUGGAGCUCCAGAGAAUCGUAAGUCUAGUACAAUUUUUUGA